AUGCAGCCUCGUGGGCGCGCACCGGCCCCGGUGGCCGCGGGUGACCUACCUGCCCACCGUCUGGUUGGCCAGCUGGCGCAUGCGAUUAAGCUGCUUCUUCACCGUGGCCCCGCUGCCUCGCUAGCCCAGGAGCUGGGGAAGGACGGAGCAGCCCGGAGCCCGCCGCAGGGUUACAUGGCUCCCGCGCGGAGCCUCCGGGGCGACGGCGGCGGCACUGCUGUGCCUCCGGGAGCCGUCUGGCCAGCGCGCAGCUCCCUCCCAAGGGCACCGCCGCCUACUCCACCUCGCGCCGCGCCGCCUCCUGCCGCAUCCCCAUCACGCGCGCCACGCAAUGCCUGGGACAGAGCAAUGCCCGGGGCCGCCCUUGGCACCGGCCCGCUCCGCCCGGGCUGCCUGCCCCCAGUCUCAGUCCGGCGCGGGGACCCCAGCACCACUGAAAGCCAGGGUUUCACCAGCUGUCGUGGCAGCAGUUGCGGAAAGAAGGAACAGAAUAGGUUUAGCCAGUGCAGUUUGCAUGUGCAUGUAGGAGAGCAUUGGUCUCAGGGAGAGGACCUAGGCCACUUUGGAUUUUCAGGUACCACAGCAACUCUUGACAAAUGCUUCCUAACAGGGCUUCUGUUCUCCCAGGCAUGGGCUGAUGCCUUUCGAAGCAGUCCUGAUCUCACCGGCGUUGUGCACAUAUAUGAGGAGCUGAAGAGGAAAGGGGUUGAAUUUCCCAUGGCAGACUUGGACGCUCUGUCUCCCAUACACACACCACAGCGGAGUGUCCCUGAAGUGGAUCCAGCCGCCACCAUGCCCAGGUCCCAAUCACAGCAGAGGACAAGUGCUGGUUCCUAUUCCUCGCCGCCUCCUGCUCCCUACUCCGCACCGCAGGCCCCGGCUCUGAGUGUGACUGGCCCCAUCACAGCCAAUUCAGAACAGAUUGCCAGGCUGCGGAGUGAACUGGACGUCGUCCGAGGAAACACGAAAGUCAUGUCUGAGAUGUUAACAGAAAUGGUCCCUGGACAGGAGGAUUCAUCUGAUCUGGAGUUGCUGCAGGAGCUGAACAGGACCUGCCGGGCCAUGCAGCAGCGCAUCGUGGAGCUCAUCUCCCGCGUGUCCAACGAGGAGGUCACCGAGGAGCUGCUGCAUGUGAACGACGACCUCAACAAUGUCUUCCUUCGAUAUGAGAGGUUCGAACGAUACAGGUCUGGCCGAUCGGUUCAAAAUGCCAGUAACGGGGUACUGAAUGAAGUGACUGAAGACAACUUAAUAGACCUGGGGCCAGGGUCUCCAGCCGUGGUGAGCCCGAUGGUGGGGAACACAGCGCCCCCAUCUUCCCUCUCCUCCCAGCUUGCAGGCUUGGACUUGGGGACAGAGAGCGUCAGUGGCACCCUCAGUUCACUCCAGCAAUGUAAUCCCCGUGACAGCUUUGACAUGUUUGCCCAGACGAGAGGAAACUCCUUGGCUGAGCAGCGCAAGACGGUAACCUAUGAGGAUCCUCAGGCUGUCGGAGGACUUGCUUCUGCACUAGACAGUCGAAAACAGAGCUCAGAAGGGGUAGGUCUUUAACCCCGUUUUUUUGCCUGGAGUCUUCUGGAGGGAAAGCCAGGUGGUUUGGCAAAGCUGGCUGGGUAAUUCAGCAGAAACUGGCUUGCACAGGGGGCAGAUACGCCCCAGGGGAGAGACCCGUGGAACCCAGGUAGUGCCUCGUUGAGUCUUCACCUCACCCCGUGAGAUGAUGCCACACAUGAAAUUCCCAAUUCACCCAGGAGGAAACAGUCCCAGGGAGGUGGGAGACAGGCUGAGACACCCCAGAGAGCAGACAGCAAGCCAGGGUUCGAAUCCUAGGAGUGUCCAGCUCCAGAACAGCUGCUUGUCCUACCACAGUGGCCCCAAGUUCUCCAGGCACAAGUCUCCUAUGGUCACCUGUUACAGUGUCCCAGGGUGGUGGUCAGUGCUCUGAUAAAACCAUGGCCUGCACCAGGAGGGACAAUGCUGACCCAGGCCACAUCUCUGAUGGCCAUUUGCUGCUGGCCUAGCAGAGCAGUACCAACUCCAUUAGAAGGCACUCGAGAGCCAGCGUUUGUUUACAG